GAGAGUUACUGUAGGUGGAAGCUGCUGCAGGGGAUCCCAUUCUUCCAGGUACCUGUGACAUCCCAAGGACAUUUUCAUAUUGACAGUAUGGCAGCAGAGGGAGAUAAGUUAUGGGGAGGAAGGUUUGUUGGCAGCAUAGACCCCAUCAUGGAAAUGUUCAAUUCAUCCGUGUCGUAUGACCAGAGGAUGUGGUCUGCUGACAUCAGAGGGAGCCAGGCUUACGUCAAGGCCUUGGAAAAGGCUGGUUUAGUGAGCAAGUCUGAGAUGGAAGAAAUUUUCACAGGCCUGGAUAAGAUCCAUGAAGAGUGGUCUCAAGGAACUUUUGUCCUGACUAAAGGUGACGAGGACAUUCACACUGCCAAUGAACGUCGCCUUAAGGAACUUAUUGGAGAGGCUGCAGGAAAGCUCCAUACAGGAAGAAGUAGAAAUGACCAGGUCGUCACAGACAUGAGGCUGUGGCUGCGGGAUUCCUGUUCUUCUCUGUAUGUGCAUUUAAUUCGUCUUAUCCGGACUAUGGUAGACAGAGCAGCCAUAGAAGUUGAUAUACUUUUUCCGGGGUAUACUCACAUGCAGAGAGCUCAACCUAUUCGUUGGAGUCACUGGAUACUGUGCCAUGCAGUUGCAUUAUGCAGGGAUGCUGAGAGGCUGGGAGAGAUAAGGAAGAGAAUUAACGUACUGCCCUUGGGAAGCGGGGCCAUAGCUGGAAACCCUUUAGGAGUGGACAGAGAACUCCUCCGGAAGGAACUCAACUUUGACUCUGUCAGCCUUAACAGCAUGGAUGCGACCAGUGAACGAGACUUCAUAGCUGAGUUUCUGUUCUGGGCAUCUCUGUGCAUGACUCACCUUAGCAAGAUCUCUGAAGACCUUAUUAUCUACAGUACUAAGGAAUUUAACUUUGUGACCCUUUCAGAUUCCUACAGUACUGGAAGUAGUUUAAUGCCCCAGAAGAAGAACCCUGACAGUUUGGAGCUAAUCCGCAGCAAAGCUGGACGCGUCUUUGGCCGAUGCUCUGGGUUCCUCAUGACACUAAAAGGACUUCCAAGCACUUACAACAAGGAUUUGCAGGAAGAUAAAGAAGCCGUUUUCGAUGUCUAUGAUACAAUAUGCGCUGUACUUCAAGUUGCAUCUGGGGUGAUUUCCACAUUGCAGAUAAACAAAGAAGCGAUGGAGAAAGCCUUGAGUCCAGACAUGUUGGCCACUGAUAUUGCCUAUUACCUGGUCAGAAAAGGGAUGCCCUUCAGACAAGCUCACGGAGUCUCUGGUAAAGCAGUCCAGCUUGCAGAAACAAAGGGGGUCUCCAUCAAUAAGCUUUCCUUGGAUGACCUAAAGAGCAUCAGCCCCCUCUUCAGCAGUGAUGUGUCCAAAGUGUGGAAUUACACCAACAGUGUGGAGCAGUACACCGCGGCUGGGGGAACAGCAAAGAGCAGUGUGGUGGCCCAGGUGGAACAACUGAGAACCUGGAUGAAGAAUCACAAGGCCUAGUGAUAUUGUGGAAGGUCUAGCACAGGAAUUGCCACUAAGGAAAAUAUGGUCAUUGAUGUUGUCUUUGUGUGAUGGCAUACAUCAUAAACGGUGCUGUUACUGAAUUAAGUGAUACAUAACUACAACAGGAAAAUUAUAAUUCUGCAUUGUAUUAUGAUUAGCAUAUUAGAUAAACACAUUAAUUCCAAUUUUAUAGCUGCAUCUCUAAUGGCUAGUGCAAGGAGGUAUACUGCAUUACGCUCUAAGUAUCUAUAAUGAUGCCUAUUGAUAAAUGUAUAUGGAUAUAAAUCAUUCUGUGGGCAACACUUUUCCAUUAAAAUGCAUACCAAAUGUAUUAAACAAAUAAGACCUUUUUGUCCUA